CAGAAGAGCUAUAAGUAACGCCAGUCACUAAUCCCCACGCAUAUUUGACUAAUUCUCCCAAUCAGAAUGGCCAACAACGACCUGUAUAUGCUUUAUAAAGGACUUCUUCUCCCAAAGAUCGCGCACACCGAGGACAGUCUGAAAUAUUUUGAGUCGUUUCACGUGCAGGACGAUGACGUGUUUGCAGUUACAUAUCCCAAAUCUGGUACAACAUGGAUGCAAGAAAUUCUUCCCCUGCUCCUGAAUGGAGGGGAUCUUACUCCAGCACUGACCAUCCCAAACUGGGACAGAGUGCCAUGGCUUGAGGAGUCACAUGCUGCUGGCGUCAUGGACAAGCUGAGUGCUCCACGGGCCUUUGUUUCCCAUAUGCAUUAUCACCUGAUGCCUCCCUCAUUCUUCUCUUCUAAGGCUAAGGUCAUUUAUGUUUCUAGAAACCCAAAAGAUAUUGUGGUUUCCUCUUUUCACUUUCACCAAAUGGCCAGUUUUCUGCAUGACCCAGGAACCUUGGAAGAAUUUGCAGACGAAUUCCUAGCAGGGAACGUGAUGUUUGGAAAGUGGACCGAUCACAUGAAGAGCUGGAGAAACACCGAUUUAGGAGACAGAAUUCUCUACAUCACAUAUGAGGAGAUGGUUCAGGAUCUGCAUGGAGUUCUUGAACGCAUUUUAUUUUUUCUUGGCAAGCAAAUGAGCAAAGUGGCUCUGAAACGCGUGAGUGAACACUGUGAGUUCAAAACCAUGAAGCAAAACAAAAUGUCCAACUACUCGCUGGUGCCACAGACAGUAAUGGACAGCAAGAAGUCUUCUUUUCUCAGAAAAGGAAUUGCUGGAGAUUGGAAGAAUUAUUUCAGCCCAGAGUUGGAGUCAAAAUUCAAUGCGACCAUUUAUGAAGAACUAAAGGGAACUGACAUCAUGUUCCCCUGGGAUGAGGAACACAAAUGAAAUCCCACUUCUUAAAAUGAGGAUAAAUGUAAAAUAAAAUUUGUCUUUUUAAUUGGA